GCAAACAUUUGAAUGAAAUGAAUGUUAAGUGAAUUGAAAUGAUUUUGAUUACAAUUAGCGGUAAUUAUCACUCAAUUGUUGGCAAUGAUUGUGAAAACAAUGAAACGAGUAUUGAAAGUCUUGUAUUCAACCAAAUACUUAAUGAUCACCAAUUGUAUGACUGGAAUCGUUUCGGUGACAAUUGGCGAUUCUGUCCAACAGAUCAUUGAAUUCAAAACGGAUUCUCUAAAAGAUCAAGAGUUUGGUUUAAAUAUCAGACGAAAUGUCAAUAUGUCUUUUGCCGGACUUUAUUUCGGUGUUUUCGGGCAUUUUUGGUACGGAUUUCUGGACAAACGGUUUCCUGGAGCGAAUCCAUCUCAAGUGUUGAAAAAGUUGAUGGCCGAGAUGGCAAUGGGUCCGCCACUAGUUUCGGGUCUUUUUCUUAUAAUUUCUAAAUUCAAAGGCAAGUCUUUGACCGAUAGUUGGACUGAUUUGAAGUCGCAAUUUGUCUUGAUUUGUACCGUCGAAUGGUUGGUUUACAUCCCUCUCCAAUACAUCAACUUUUCGUUUGUUUCUCCGAAGUAUCGCUACUUAUUUGUGGCCACAAUCUCUCUUUGUUACGACGCUUUCCUUUCUUACGUCAUUUAUAAGAACGACAGAUUAAGACGACUGAAGACUUUAGGCGAAGAUAAAUAGGAUUUAGUUUAACGACA